AAUAAAUGACAAAUAAAAAAAAUGUAGAGCUGUGUAGUUGUGUAAUUUUAAAUAAAAUAAUUUACUUAGUUUCUCCAAAUUAUCAAUGUAUCCAACCACGCGCCAAAUAUUAAACAGAGUUCGUUAAAUUAAUAUGGUUCCGAGAAUCUUUCGUGAAGGGAUCUGCAGUCCUAGCAAGUUCCGCAGGCUGCACAAUAAACUGGUGACGCGGGGGUUUUGCAAGACCGAAUGGACGAAACCGAAGCACGUGCACAAACCGUACACCGAGCACCGCAGCGAUCUGCCGUUGGUCGUCCAAAACACCCCGGGACAUAAAUCAGUUCGGUACGUCGAGCUGUGGAAAGCGUGGUUUACCAUAGAAUAUGAAAUCUUCAAUGCUUUCGCGAAAAAUGGGAAUUUUACAACGUGCUGCUUGUGUUACCAUAACAAAAACGACCGCACUAAAACCGAUAAAAAUAUAGAGAAGAAUCUGAAUGAUGAAGUCACAAAUAGACGACACCUAGAUGCGAUACUACGGGCAUAUUCUGAAUUGCAAGCGUUCACUUCACCGACGGUCAAGAAAUCUGGCUUUGCAAUGAUAGAAGAAACAUGUCCGGGAGAAACAUUCUCAGCCAAAGCUACGCUAAAUGCAACAACAAGGAAUUUAGAAGAAGAAAAGCUCACGCAGAAAUUAGAAACCAUUGAAGAAGUGCCGCUAGUCGAGGCUGAUCCCGAUGUCAUUAAACCGCCACAAACCUCAGGGCCGGCUGUAAUGAACAUGUCUAGUUCCGACUGUGAAGAGUUUGGCAAGCAUUCAGACUUUCAGAUUGGAGACGACCCUGAGAGCGAACCUUUAAUGCAUUGCCAAGAGGAACAACCGGCGACUCCAAACAUAAUUCGUAGUUAUUUCGAAAAAGAAGAUUGCAAUAAGCCUAACAUAAAUGAUCUUAUCACGCUAAACGCCGUGCCAGAUGUCAACGAGGAUGAGGAACUGUCUCUUAUGGAUUUAAUGAAACGCGUUCGCGAGAGAAAUCGGCUGCUCCGCUGUCGCGAUAUAGAGUGUCAACUGAAUGCCUCCACGACGGAUGAUAGUGUUAUGGCUGGGAGGACCGGUUUCCCUCAGCGUGACAACAAUCCAUCGCCACAUUCGCCACCUACAUGGGCCUGGCCGCAUCCCCAACCCCAUAAUAAUCCACACGAGUACAGCCAUCCAUUUCCAAUGUACCCUCAUGUUGCGAACCCGCAUCCUCGCAAGGCAGAGCCCAUAACCCCUGACAACCGCCCAGGCUAUAACAAAGCGACUAAAGUGAAUCCUGUGACCCUGGCCCUAUAUCUUGGUCCUUUGGUGACUGCUUUGAGAAACGCCUGUAUCUUAUUUCCUGUCCUGGCAGCGAGCCUCAUCCCUUUUAAGAAUUUAGAGACUGAUGGUAACAAAAAACCGGGUGUUGAUACCGUUUGCGUGCUGCGUUCUAGCUGUGAGAAAGAUUCGGAAGAGGAUUAG